UCUAAUACAGGCUUUAGUCUGCCAGCACCUUGCCUGUAAAUGUCCUUGGAAAUAGCUGUCCUUCUUGGGUCACCAGACCUCCAGUAGAAACGACAGCCAAAACAAAAGGCAUCCUGGAUUCAAUGCACUAUCGUAGUUCUGAUUCUAGUUAUCUAUGGGAAGUGGAUACAGACCAAGUCACAGGAUAACUUUCAACGUAAAUAAGGAUCACUGCUGGUGAAACUUUGCAACCUGCUGCUCGUUUGUUGUUGUUACCGGAGUGUACGCAGUACUGCGGAGGAUCUCUAACCGGGUUGUUCGUGUUAUACCCCGUUCUUGCAUGGAUGCAUCAUGGCUACGUUCGUAUGCAGGGUUCAGUUUUUAGAUGAUACCGAUCCUUUUAACAGCACCAAUUUUCCUGAACCAACAAGACCACCUUUAUAUACAUUCAGAGAAGAUAUCCCUCUCAUCAACCAGAUUGCGGGAGUCCACAGGCUUCUCAAAGCCCCACAAAAGCUUGAUGACUGCGCUCUGCAGCUCUCUCACAAUGGAACCUAUUUGGAUUUGGAAUCUACGCUGGCAGAACAGAGGGAUGAGCUUGAAGGAUUUCAGGAGGAUGCUGGGAGAGGCAAGAAGCACAGUAUGGUUUUGAGAACACAGCUGUCUGUGAGGGUCCAUGCCUGUAUUGAAAAACUCUACAACUCAAAUGGCCGGGAGCUGCGAAGGGCUCUGUUUUCUCUGAAACAGAUUUUUCAGGAUGAUAAGGAUUUGGUCCAUGAAUUUGUUGUUGCUGAAGGACUGACGUGCUUGAUAAAGGUGGGAGCAGAAGCAGACCAGAACUACCAGAAUUACAUUCUAAGAGCACUGGGGCAGAUCAUGCUGUAUGUAGAUGGGAUGAACGGUGUAAUCAGUCACAAUGAAUCCAUCCAGUGGCUCUAUACACUCAUAGGAUCGAAGUUCCGACUGGUAGUGAAGACUGCCCUGAAGCUGCUGCUGGUGUUUGUAGAGUAUACAGAGUCCAACGCACAGCUUCUCAUUGAGGCUGUGAGUGCUGUAGACACCAAACGAGGAGUCAAGCUAUGGUCAAAUGCCAUGGAGAUACUGGAUGAAAAGGAUGGGGUUGACACAGAGCUGCUUGUUUAUGCCAUGACAUUAAUUAACAAGACACUAGCUGGCCUGCCAGAUCAGGAUUCUUUCUAUGAUGUGGUAGACUGUCUGGAAGAGCAAGGCAUUGAAGCAAUUGCACAGAGACACUUGAAUAAGAAAGGCACCGACCUGGAUCUCGUGGAACAAUUUAAUAUUUAUGAGAUGACACUAAGGCACGAGGAUGGCGACGACGAUAGCCAGCCCCCUCCAACGGGACGCAAGGAUCGUCGGCGAGCCAGUCUGGGAGGCACGAACGAGCGGCGGGGCCUGGAGCGCCGGAGGAGUCGGAGACAUUCCAUCCAAAACACUAAGGGGCCCACAUCCGCCCCCGCCAGCCCUAGCAGCCCCUACAGCACCUCCUCUGGCGGCUUCACGCCCUUCAGCGGGCAGAGGAUCGAGGACCUCAGUGAAAAUUGGAAACCUGAGAGCCAUGUGGGCUUCCAGGGUGAUGGGCGGUUUGACAAUGAAAGCAUGUUUGAGGCUGAUUUUGCACCGUGGCCAAUCAAUGUUUCGACAGUUCCUGUGAUUGACAGCAUAGAACAAGCUGGUAGCUCAUGUUCGCCUUGUAAAUACAUAGUCAACUUCAUUCCAACCACUGCAGAGGAGAAAUUUCCCACUAGCCCUCCAGCCAAGAGCCCACCACCUUCGGCCACUGAGACUCCCGAUCUCCCUGAUUCAUCCUACCUGUCUCCACAACCCUCCGUCCUUGCUUCGUUGUUAGUCAACCGGAAGUUGCCUGCCAUCACAACCAGCACCUCAUCCAGAUCUGGUUCCCAGGGUUCCUCGGCAAACAUCACCCCAGCUGUAUCUCCAACAGUGGAGAAGCUGCCAUACCUUCCUCAUUCCCCAUUCCAUCUUUUCUCAUAUGACUUUGACGAGCCUUCUCCUUCUACAGUCAAAGACACAGAGGCUGAAGCAAUGAGGUGCCUCAGUCAGGCAGAUGCUUCAUACGCAAGCAAAAAUUUGGAUUCCUAUGAUUCAUAUUCAGCCAGGUCUUACACCUCUGGAAGACCUGGCACCUAUGGAAACAGUCCUUACUCUGCUGGCAGGAGUUUCACUGCUCUGAGUGCACCCUCCACUCCCACUACCCGCUAUGGGGCCUCUGUAUCACCUUCUCCAGAGACCAAGACAGAAAGACCAGCUCUUGGGGGACUGCUGACCUCUUCCUACCGACAGCACCAGGAAUCUCUGGCAGCUGAAAGGGAGAGGCGACGACAGGAGAGAGAAGAGAGGUUACUGAGGAUAGAGCGUGAGGAGAGGAACAGAUUCAAUCGGGACUAUGUGGAUAAAAGGGAGGAACAGAGGCAAGCCAGGGAGGAGAGGUACAAGCACGUGGAGAGGCUCGCAGCAGAGGAGUACGAGAAGGAGCGAAACCGAGUGGCUCCAAGGGGCAGAAGUGAGCUCACUCUCAGCCUGAGUCCACCCUCGGCAGCUGGCUCCCCUGUUCCCAGGUGUGCCACCCCAUCCUCUGCAGAUUCCCAGGAGGAGCCAGAGACACCGUCCACACCAGGCCAGCCAUGCCCAUCUACACAAGCUAGUGAGCCAGAGUCAGUACAAGAUCUUGAACCCACAACAGAGCCGGCCAUCAUACCAGAGCCAGAAGCAGAAGGAGAAUCCAAUUCAGAGACGCAGGAAGUGGUCCUUGAGGCAGAACAGGAAGUGGAAGCCCAAUCGGAGGAGGCGGAGUCACAGAGCGUGGCAGGACCAGAGGCGGAGGUCGAGCGGGUUCCAGAGCACGAGCCUGAGGAGAACACCCUCCUCAGUGAGAAGGAGAGACAGAAUGAAGAGGUGAAUGAGAAGGACAACUGCUCGGCUUCCAGCAUCUCCUCAGCCAGCAGCACAUUAGAGAGAGAGGAGAGAGAAGAAAAGCUGACCAGCGACAAUGAGACUGGUCAAUGGACACAGUGCAUUAAGGAUGUGGAUGUGAAUGAGCAGUGCAGUAAGAUCCUCAACAGCAAGCUCUUCAUGUUGGACAUGUUGUAUGCCCAGAACCAGAAGCCGCAGGAUGAGGAUACGGAGAAGGAGAAAGACAAAGAGGAAAAGGAGGAUAACGAGGAAUCUGUGGCCAGCCUGGCUAGUCGAAUCUCCAUCUUCCAAGCCAGCAAGCAGGCCAGUGAGGAGAGUGUCAAAAAGACAGACAAGGAACAGUUGGACAAUCAAGGCAGUGUGAAGGCAUUUACUGAGAAGUUUAACAACAGUGAGCUAGUCAAGGGCUUAUCGGUGCCAGAGAGCGAUCUUGGGGAGAAGCAGCCAGACAAAGCUGUGCCACCUGCCAAAAAGGAGUCUGACUACAUUUGGGAUCAACUGAUGGCCAGCCCUCGUGAGCUGAAAAUCAAAGACAUGGAUUUUACAGACUUGGAGGACGAGGAUGACAUUGACAUUUUGGAUAUGAAUAGCUUGAUGAGCUCGGGGGAGCAAAUCCUUCCUCCUCCCCCUCCUCCUCCUUCCUUUAUGGCCUUGCCUCCCCCACCCCCACUUUUUGGAUGCCCCCCUCCGCCCCCAGUGCCUGGCACUAUGCUGCCACCUCCACCUCCCUUCAGUGCCCCCCAGCAUAUUGGAUCUCCACAGCUGUCACGAGGAGAACCUCUGUUCCAGAAAAAGAAGAAGACUAUCAGGCUCUUCUGGAAUGAGGUCCGGCCUAUGGAAUGGCAGUACAAAAAUCACAGACAAUGCAAAGAGUCACUGUGGAAUAAGUUGGAUCCCAUCAAGUUGGACACCGCUAAGCUUGAGCACCUCUUUGAAACCAAGUGUAAGGAACUGCCUGUCACUAAGAAAACUGCAGCUGAUGGGAAGCGACAGGAAAUCAUUGUCCUGGACUCCAAAAGAAGCAAUGCAAUUAACAUAGGUCUGACAGUGCUGCCCCCACCAAGAACAAUCAAGACUGCUAUCCUCAACUUUGAUGAAUAUGCUUUAAACAAAGAAGGAAUUGAGAAAAUUCUUACAAUGAUCCCAACUGAAGAGGAGAAACAGAAGAUCCAGGAAGCUCAGCUGGCCAACCCAGACAUUCCUCUGGGCAGUGCUGAACAGUUCCUGCUCACCUUGUCUUCCAUCAGCGAGCUUUCUGCCAGGCUUCAGCUGUGGGCCUUCAAAAUGGACUAUGAGCUGAUGGAGAAGGAGGUAGCCGAGCCUCUCCAAGACUUGAAAGAAGGAAUGGACCAGUUAGAAAACAAUAAGACAUUGAGAUAUAUUCUGUCCACAUUGCUUACAAUUGGCAAUUUUCUGAAUGGAUCAAAUGCCAAAGGAUUUGAGCUGAGCUACUUGGAGAAGGUUCCAGAAGUGAAGGACACAGUUCAUAAGCAGUCUCUUCUGCAUCACGCUUGCACCAUUGUGGUGGAGAAGUUUCCAGACAGUACAGAUCUCUACUCUGAGAUUGGGGCCAUUACCAGAUCAGCCAAGGUUGACUUUGAUCAGCUUCAAGAAAACCUGUGUCAAAUGGAGAGGCGUUGUAAAGCAUCCUGGGAUCACCUUAAAGUUAUAGCAAAACAUGAGAUGAAGCCAGUCCUCAAACAGAAGAUGUCAGAAUUCUUGAAGGAUUGUGCUGAAAGGAUCAUCAUUUUGAAGAUUGUGCAUAGAAGGAUAAUCAAUAGGUUUCAUGCAUUUCUCCUGUUCUUGGGACACCCUGCCUAUGCCAUCCGAGAGGUCAAUAUUCACAAAUUCUGUAAGAUAGUGAGUGAAUUUGCCCUGGAGUACCGCACCACACGGGAGAGAGUGUUACAGCAGAAGCAGAAACGAGCCAACCACCGCGAGAGAAACAAGACCAGGGGCAAAAUGAUCACAGACACUGAUGAUGAAGAGGAAAGUGAGACUGGGAAGUUCUGUAGUGCUCCAGCCAGCAGCCCAAGCCAGCCACAGGGCCUGCAGUAUGCCGAGGACGCAGCUGAGCACGAGAACAUGAAAGCCGUGCUGAGGAGCAGUGUGACGAGUGGAGAGAGCAGCACGUCUGUAGUCCUGGGGGUACGCACUCGAACCCGAGCCAGCAGAGGCCGCGUUGGAUCCUGGAAUACAGCAAAUGACGACUCACCCAAUGCAACGGAUGAUGCAGCAGACGAGAUCAUGGAGCGGAUUGUGAAGUCUGCGACCCAAGUGCCAAGUCAACGUGCUGUGCCUAGAGAGAGAAAGAGAUCGCGUGCAAAUAGGAAGUCCUUGAGAAGAACACUAAAGAGUGGCCUGACACCAGAGGAGGCCAAGGCACUGGGACUAAUUAGCACCUCGGAAAUGCAGGUGUGAAGAGCCCUCAAUAGCUCAGGCCAGAAACACAAAGAGCACCUGGGUCAACCUUUGCUGUGGAAAUGCCUUUCAGCUGAGUGCGAACCAUACCACCUAGCAUUUGAUCACUUUGGAGCUCAUGCUAUUGUUGUGGGACAACAUUAUUUGGAAAAAUUAAAAAAAAUAAAAAGUGUGUUACAGCUCAGCACUAGAACACUUGACAGCUGCAUACAUCAGGAUUGUGUUUGAGUACUUUAUAGGUUGAAAACAUAUGGCUUCUUUUUUGUUGUUGUUUGCUUAAGCUGAUAUGGGAAGUAUAAAACCCCCAUUGUUGUGUUAAUUGCUCCCAUAUGAGCUGAGUUUGUUGACCACUCAUGUAAUUGUAAUAUUUGCCUUGUCAGUGUGAAGAGCACCCUUUUCCCAAGCUAGGUUAGCACUCAUGCUUGUUGGGUUGCUGUCUACUGUUUAUUUUUAAACUUAAGGUUUGCAGCAUAAAGCAAGCAUCGAGACUAAGGCACAGGAUAGACAAAAGCACAGUGUUCAACCUGACUUCUUUACUUGAUACUACAAUAAAAGACUCCUUUGUAAGUAAAACAUGGAGGGAGCUUAUAUAUUUAAAGAGGAGGAAUAUUUCUUGUAGUAAAAGACUUAGAUCCAUUGUGGUUUUGAGCCUGAACUAGAAUUACUGUAUUACAGUGACUGUCAAAAGCUCACAAACUUGAUCUCUUGAAAUUAACACCUUGAAAGUUUUAAUACAGAUCUCUUUGUAUGUUUUUAAAUCUUAUUUAUUUUGUAACAGUGUAGAAAAGUAGUAGCCCAUAACACACUGCAAUUAAGAAGAGAAUGGUUCUGCAUCUUGACAAGAAAGAACAUGAUAUAAUUAGUGAUCACUUAACUUCAGGUUGCGAUUUUAUAGUAUUACUCAUACAGUACUGUAGCAUACUGUAGUAAAUUAAUGUUUCAGCUAUUGACAGGUGAUACUUUGAAUGUGGGUAUGCUAGAAAGCAAAGAUUUAUCUGAAAAGAAAAUACAUUUUGAAUGUGGAGAAUUGUGAAGAUUUUGUAGUAAGAAUGUAAUUUUAAACUAAUUAAGGAGGAUCCAGUAUUUGAAAGACUCUAAAAAUUGGUAUUCUUCCAUUGCCAGCAAUGGUUUACAACUGUAUAACACAGUUAGAAUUUAACAUUCAAUAUGGAAUUAUCUGUAGUGAUUGUCAUAAUAAAAUAUCGGUACAAAGUGUUUUUUUAUUAAAUCCAUUAUCUUCUAUCUUAGCAGUGUCAUGCUAACCUUGAGGAACAGACACAAUAGAACUCUACAGGACAGUAGAACAGAGGGUGUAGUAACUACCAGGUUUGCAGACCUUUCAGAAGUAAUUUGUUCCCUCAUCUGUGUAAAGAGAGAGAAAUGUGAAGGAUAAAUUAAAGUAAAAAUCAUAUAAAAAUGACGUUUACACUUCAAAGGCAUAGAGGUAUUGUUAUACUCAUUAAAGUUCAAAUGAAGUUUUCAAACGUGUCUGUUACAAAUAAAAAUGUCAGUUAGCAUGCAUCUUGGCUAAUAAAAGCUAAAGUGAAAUUGCAGUUUUAUCAAGCUAGAAGAAGAGAUAAUGUUGGCUUUGCAUACAAGGCAAUGGUGAUUGUUGAGUUUAAGUUAAAUAUAGAUGGUUUUAUGGAAAACAAAUUAAUAUGUUGUGUGAAGAGAGGAAAGUCUGAGCAGAAGGACAGUGAAUGAUGUAUAGUAGAAGUCAAUAAAGGAGAGGGGUAAAAAAGGAAGGUUUUAUCGGGUUUACUUCACAUUAAAUUUGAUUGUCCAGAUGGGCAAAUCAAAAUUAUUUACAACAUUGUGUAAGAAAUGGAUGUAAGAAUUGUAAAAGCACAAAUAUAAAUAGACAAGGUUGAACAGAGAUUAUUGUGUAUCUGUUUCUCCAAGUGUCAUUUUUCUGCAGCAUGGGGCUUCAUUUUGCAUUCUUCUUUUCACCAUCUCCUCUUUUCUAAAAAAGGCAGAGUAUGAUUAAGAUUACUGUUUAUAAGAUGGAUAGUCUUAUGAUAUCUGCAUGAUUUCUUAUCGUAUCCAGGUUGUUUCCUUUAAAAAAAGUGUUUUACGCCAUUUAUAUUCAACUCUAAUAGAAGCCAAGUAACAUGAUGCAAAAGUGGCCCCUUUCUGGAUAAUACAAUGACAUGCAUAUUCAAUAUCCUGUAUUGUUCUUCUCCUGAUCAUGUAUUCAAAGAGAUAAGACUGCUGAGCUAUGUGCUCUUAACACUGACAAUGCUUUUUAUAUCCAUAUACUGCAUAGUCAGAACAGGACUGCAGCUACAAAACCCGUUAAGAAUUUGUCAUCCUCUGUUAAAAUCUUUUGUUUCUGUUUCUUUCAGUUUUUCGAAAACGUGAUAUUACACAUUAUCUUUUAAAAUGACAGCCUGAUAUUAUUUGUACUCCUGCCUCUGAGACAUUGUACCAAAAACAGUGUACCUCUAGAAUGUGUUAUGUAUUUAAGAAAUACAAGAGGGAAGGUUCAUUAGCGUUGCACAUCCUUUUAGUAAAUUCCCCAGAUUCUUUGACUGUGGAAAAUGUAAUCCAGGAAAAGAAAAGUUUUGUGUUUUGGAAUAACAGCGAUGUAACUCAUGCUACAAACAGGAUGUUUGUUAAAACUUUGUAUUCUAUUUUAUGAGGUGGCUCUCUUGGAGAGCAGUAUAAAAAACUUAGCUGUAGGGAGAACCUCUAGUCCUUAGGAUUUUAUCGUGUGAAUAUCAGGACAAAAUGUGGAGAUUCCACACUUUACUCCCCUUAUGCAGUCAUUGCAAGAUUGUAAGAUGCUGGAUAUCACCACUAUUUAAAAGAAACAGAAGUAGCUUUUUGGCAUGUAAUGACGUAUUGAUGGGCUUCACAUUUUUCUGUGCCUUUCUAAAAGAAGUGUCUGAAAUGUAUUGUUUAGGAAACAAAUGUGGAUGUAAUAUCAUGUAAUAUAAUGGCUAUGGAAUAAUAAUUGGGCAGCUGCUAUUUUCAGUAACAAUUCAAAAAUUAUAUACUGUACACGACCCACUAUUUAGACCAUUAGAAUAUUUUCCACAGGACAGACAACAUCUUGAAUUUUUUUAAACAAUUGGCAUUCACUAAAGUAUUCUGUUCCUUUUUGUUGUUUAGAACAAGAUAUUAAAUCUUAACAUAGCCUUUCAGAUUUUUACUGAUGCAAGUAACAAUGUCUUAGUAAACAGCUACUCAUACUAUUACAGUUCACAGCACAAUGCCCAUGUUACUUGGACACAUUACCUACUCUAACCAAGGCACUAUGGUAUGUUCUCCUCUUCAUGUAUGGUAGGAGAAGAGUUACAGAUUUAGUAAAUAGCAGUAGUUACUGUCCGUAGUUACUGUCUAGCACCUUAUCUUCCAUUUGUAGCAUGAAUUUCUUUAAAAAAUAAUAGAAUCACUGUUUUCAGACAGUUUCUCUCACUUGAAAGCUGAGAAAUGUAAAAAAACGACAAUGUAAAAUUAUAAUGGAAAAGUAUUUUGAAACAAAUACGGAAGGACAAAUGCUGUAAAAUUGUGUAAAUGUCAUGCUACAAGUUUUUUUUGUGUAGUAUAGUGUAAUAUAGGCUAAAUAGCAGUGUUAUUCUGUGAAUUGUAAUUUAAGAGAAAAUAAGCCAUGCAUGGUUAAAAAAAAAGAUAUCUACAGAUGUGUUGCUUCUUCUAGAUAAGGGAAUUUCUUUGUUUGAUUCAUUGUCAAUGAUAUUGCUUAUGUCAUGUUUUAAUUUUCUCUUUUAUGGAUUGAAUCACACUCAACAGAAUUAUCUAAUCAAUCCGUCCACCUUGAACUCGUUUUAAAGCCUUAGGAAGACUCUUUGCAAAGCUUUAUUUUGUGAAAAGGAGACAAGUUUGUUUUCUUACCUACAAAAUCUGCGCUCAUAACCUCUCUUUUUCAGUGCCAUGCAAUGUCAAAGUGAAGAAUAGACAGUACAUCUCUGCUUAAACAGUGAAAUGUCAGUUUUACACUCAUCCCUACAACAGUAUGUAUACACAUCUUACAAUAAAGCUUUUAUGAAGCAAUCAU